AUGUUCGCACGUCUUCUCGUAUUUUGCUCGUGUGUUUUCCACGUGUUAGGUUUGUCUUGUUAUUGGAACAAUAAGUGUACUUAUACUAAUUACGGUAGCAAAACAAUAUACGAUGAUGUCAGAGGCGAUUUAAGAGAUACACCAGAAUUAGAAGGAUGUCAUCCAAUCGGAGUCUGGGCGUUAAUGAGGCACGGAACACGAAACCCGACUGACUCUAACAUGGAAAAAAUACAGCAUGCUGUCAAGUUUAAAGAUGCUAUAGUGAUGAGAAAUCUAACAGGUGACCGUGGGAAGUUGUGUGCACAGGAUGUGAGCAACCUUCAGAUGUGGUCUUGGGAUGACAGCAUCAGCUCAACACCUGGGUACCUGACAACGAAUGGCUACAAAGAAAUGUAUGACCUUGGCUCUAGAUUUCAUCAGAGGUUCUCGACUCUCCUGCCUAACAUCAACUGGUAUGAGUUCAGGCCAACUUUGGAACAGCGGACUAUCAAAAGCGCAGAGGCCUUCAUUGAAGGGCUGAAUCAGGGACAAUGGUUGUUCACCGACUCGAAUGCGACGGACCGAGAUGAUGUUUUGAGACCGUAUUACUAUUGUGCGAGACAUAACAUCGAAGUAUACAACGGGCAACGUUCUACUGACGAAAUGAAUAAAUACAUGGACACGUUAGAGUUUCGAGAGAUGUUGCAUCGCCUACAAAACAGAUCUGGCUUAGAUGAACGCCUGACGUCGUCAGAAGCAGUAGCACUUUACGAUCUGUGCCGCUUCGACAGAGCCUUCUCCUCGACCAGGAGCUCGCCCUGGUGUGCCCUCUUCACUGAUCGAGACCUCAUAAUCUUAGAGUACUUGAAUGAUAUCCGACAUUAUUACAGAAACGGUUACGGCUCGGAGAUUAACGGAAAACUGGGUGCUCCAGCACUCAAGAAUCUGUACGAGAACUUUCUCUCCGUCGUCUCCAAUGAUUCCACCAGCAUCACGGGUUAUUUCACCCAUGAUAGUUUGAUGCAGAUGGUGUAUACAGCACUACAGCUAUUCCGUGACUAUCCAGAGGUAUCUGGGUUUGAGAGGAACGAAGACAGAAAAUGGCGGACGAGUUUCAUGACUCCAUUUGCUGCUAACUUCGUAGCUGUUUUGCACAAGUGCCCUACAAGAAAACAGUCAGAACUGUAUCAAGUGCAAUUCUUCAUCAAUGAAAAAGAAUACCACCUCUGCAACGCCAGGAGUUGUAACUGGAAACAAUUUCACGAGAAAUUCUCUAGAUUCCUUGACAUCAACUUAGACGAGUGUAAUAUUGAUAAGGAAAUUUCACCACUACAGAAACUUACAUUUAGAAACGUUACUUUGUAA